AUUCACAAAUUUUCCCUUGCCGAAAUACAAAUGAAAACCCUUGGAGCCUCCCCCCGCCCCCAUCCAGUUAUUCACACCUUAUCUUCUCCCUUGGACCUUGGUUGCUCAGCUCGGAGCAUUGAACUCAGCUGCAGAGCAACAAAAUGGCAGAUGAAGGCCCAACGGAACCGACCCUGGAGGACAAAGAUGAAGAAGAACAAGAAUAUGAAGCAGAAGAGGAAUCUUCUUCCUCUUCAUCUUCUGAAGAAGAAUCAGAGUACGACUCGGAUGAUUCCAACGAGGGAGGUGGUGACUAUUACGGCUUCGAAGAAGAAGCCGAGGACGACGACUCCCCCCAGUCGAAUAUCAGGCGUUUCAUGGAAGUCCUGGAGAGCAAGAGUAUUAAGAGGGAGCAAGAGGAAGAAGAACGUGAAAUCACUUACCAAGAGGACCUCUUCGAUUUUCCUAAAGACCCAGAGAACUGGAGAGAAGAGGACCUCAAAGAGCUCUGGGUUGAUGCUCCCGYUGACAUGACGAAACCCGGCUGGGAUCCCGCUUGGGCGGACGAGGAGGAUUGGGAGGUCGUCAAAGAAGAAAUUAAGGCCGGGAGGGACCCUGCCAUUGCGCCGUUCUAUCUCCCGUAUCGGAAGUGCUAUCCGGUCAUACCUGACAACCAUUAUGACAUAUCGAACCCCAAGUCCGUAAUCGAAGAACUCGACCGAAUUGAGGAAUUCCUCAAAUGGGUCAGCUACAUUUUCCCUGAUGGAAGCUCGUACGAAGGUACUGUUUGGGACGAUCUGGCUCAUGGCAAAGGUGUUUAUGUUGCUGAACAGGGAUUGGUUAGAUAUGAAGGGGAAUGGCUUCAGAACAACAUGGAAGGUCAUGGGGUUGUUGAAGUUGAAAUACCUGGUAUAGAACCUGUGCCGGGUUCCAAGCUUGAAGCAAGAAUGCGUGCAGAAGGAAAAAUCAUAUCCAGGGAUUACAUGUCCCCAGAAGAUAGGGAAUGGCUGGAAAUGGACAUUGAAGAUAGCAUCCGUUUAGCACGUGGAAACUAUGAAAUACCAUUCACUGAAAAUAAAGAAUGGAUCAGACUUUUUGGACAGAAACCGGAAAAAGGAAGAUAUCGAUAUGCUGGGCAGUGGAAACAUGGCAGAAUGCAUGGAUGUGGUGUAUAUGAAGUCAAUGAACGCCCCAUAUAUGGUAGAUUCUACUUUGGAGAGCUAUUGGAGGAUUCUACUGGUUGUGAUGCAAAUGUUUCAGCGCUACAUGCAGGUAUAGCAGAAGUUGCUGCUGCAAAGGCUCGAAUGUUUGUUAACAAGCCUGAUGGAAUGGUAAGGGAAGAGAGGGGUCCAUAUAGUGAUCCUCAGCAUCCCUAUCUGUACGAGGGAGAAGAUGUUUGGAUGGCACCAGGAUUCAUUAAUCAGUUUUAUGAAGUUCCUAAUUAUUGGAAAAAAUAUGUGCAUGAGGUGGAUCAAGAGAGGGAAAUGUGGUUGAACUCCUUCUAUAAAGCACCAUUUAGGAUCCCUAUGCCUGCUGAGCUUGAAUAUUGGUGGUCCAAAGAUGAGAGUCCAGAAUUUGUUCUCAUUAACAAGGAACCAGAACCUGACCCUACAGACCCAUCGAAGCUCAUAUAUACAGAAGAUCCUCUCAUUCUACACACUCGAACUGGACGAUUGAUCAAUUAUGUUGAGGACAAAAAAUAUGGGAUCCGAUUGUUUUGGCAGCCACCUCUCAAAGAUGGGGAGGAAGUGGAUCCAGAGAAGGCCCAGUUCCUACCACUUGGCUUUGAUGAGUUCUACGGGCGGGCCACUCGUGGUCCAAAAAAGGAAGGUAUAUGGAAGCGCUUUAUAGUGUCAGUUGAAAAUGCAUGCAAACCAGUCUUUGAUAAACUGGAGAACUGGACUGAAGAGAAGAAGAAAGCUAGUGAGAUGAAGCUUAAGCUGAUAGAACAAGAGCUUGAAUUCAUAGAGGCUGAAUUGUGUCUGGAAGAGACUAUUGAAGACAUGGAAACAGAACUUAAGAAGAAGCAGAAAGAGGAAGAGAAGAAAGUAGAAAUGGGUCAAUUGGAUGCAGAGGAUAUGUCAGUUUCUGCACCUACUGAUCAAGAUCGUACAGUAUCAGCUGAGGAUGAGGAGGAAGAAGAGGAAGAAGAGGAAGAAGAGGAAGAAGAGGAAGAAGAGGAUGAAGCUACACCAACAAGUUUUGGGUCUGUUCUUCUAUCAGAAGAUCAAGAUCUGACAAAGAAUGAUAAAAAGGGUAGCAGGCCUGGAAAAUCUCCCUUUGCUACAUCAUCAAUGUUGUUUGCUUCUUGUGGGCUGGCUUUGACAGUUCCAUCUAAGCUGCAGCAGUCAUUCUUGUCAUGGAAGAAGGGAAAAUCACAGACAAGUAAAGCACUCCGUCUAGAUUCCUGUACUGAGAGCUCCACUACAAAUUUGGAACCAUUUAGUGUAAUCAGCUUUCCCUGCACACUCCAGUAUACAACGGGUUUGAAACUAGCUAGACAGAAGAGUCGGAGGCUUCACCGUAGACAUGAUGGGCUCUCUCAGUUACAUUCUCUAUCUCGGAUUCUAUCAGGCCCUAGGGCUUCUAGUAUGCUAAAAGGCCUGGGAGAUGAAUUGUCAUGGGGUCAGUGGUUGCAUGUGCCACCUGAUGGAGAUAUGGAUACCAUAUUGUCCAUGCACUUCCCACUAUGUACGGGUUCGUGCACAGAAGUUCUUACUCAUGAGGACCUGGUUGUUACUGGUGGUACUAGCUGUUAGAUUCAAAUUGGGUAUUAGUGGGAACCUUGGAAGAAAUGUGCGGACGGACCCUUUUUGUUUCAGCCAAAGUUUUGACCUUGUCUGUAUAAGGUAAAGAAGAAAACCUCUUGAGUUGAAAUGUCUUUCUGCGGCAAAAAGUUCAUAAAGGCAUAUUCAAAAAAUAAGUGUAAAGCCCAUUAAGUCCCAUAUGUAUGUCGAAUUAGUCUUGACYAAAUUCAAUGGUAUUUCUUCCUGCAUGUUUACUAGGUUUUUUUGAUCUUCAUUCCAUGUCCACUCGUCUGUUACAAUUCCCAGGUUCAUUAAUGAUUUCAUUAGUCUACUCAA